CCACGGCGAUGAGGCGCUUGACGUCGCCAGGCGCCGCGAGGCGCCGCGGCCUUGGCGCCCUCCCCCGCGCGUCGGUAAUGGCGGCCGGACCGCUCGGCCUGCCCUCCGCCAGCCAGAUGUGAUCGCGAGCCGUCUCAAAAUCACAAAUGUCUUCCACUUAGCCUUUAAGCAGUUACUUGUAACCAAGUCUUCCAUAGCGCGCUAAGUCUAGUUUUAAGUAUUCUACUCGUCUACCAAAGUUUUGUGAUAUUUCCCUCCGGCUUCCAAUCGCUAUUGACUUUGCGACGUUUCGUUGGAGUUUCGCGGCAUUGAGUCCGCAUCAUCACGUCGGCAAGUUCACGACCUCGGACGCGGAGGGCAAUGUUCUCCCGGGAGUUCAAUGGCGCCCUGGCCGAGGCCGGGGAGCGCGAGUUUACCGAGGGCGAUCGUUUCCUCUUCGAACGCAUGUGGCGGAGUUCGUUCCUUCGCCACGGCACGGACCCGGGCCAUGGGCAUGAGAUCGUCCACGGCCCCGGCCACCACGGCCCUGUUUACACCCUGGACGGCUACCGCUACUUCACUCACGCCCACCCCCACGUCGCGGCGUCUCCCGCCACCCCCACCCCCGCCCACGGCCAUUGCUGCUGCACCUGCGGCGGCGCCGGCCUCGGCGGCCAGGCCGACGGCGGAAAGCUCCAGAUAUGUGUGGUGCGCCCGAAGGCGCACAGUGUGAGGCACGGCCUCAGGCACCGCUCCAAACACAUGCGAUCUGUUGUGAGUGUUCGCGAGACUCACGAGAUUGCGGAGGCCCAGCAAGAGAAGAACGCCAAACUGAGAGACGCCUUUGGUAUUUCCGAGUAUUUCGUUGAGGGAAGCAGCCUGGAUCCGGAGCGACAAGCCAGAGAGAAGGCAGCUCGAGAAGCUGCCAAGGAAGCUGCCAAAGAAGCAGCGAAGGAGGCUGCUGCUGCUGCAGCUGCAGCAGAUCCUAAGAAAUACCAGCUGGUCAGAACACCAAGUCCUGAAGUAGAAAAACCUGCAAAGAAGCGGAAGAGGAAAAAUAGGGAAAGCUCAUCAAGUCCUGAGCCCAAGAAGAAGAAGAAGUCCAAAAAGCAUAAGAAAGAUAGCAGGUCAGAGUCACCUAAACGGAAGAAAAAGGAAAAGAAGAGGAGUAAAGAUGACAGCAAGAAAAAGAAGAAGAAAAAGCACCACUCGGAAAGUGAAGACUCAAGUGAUUCAAGUGAUGAUUCAGAUGCCUCAGCUUCAUCAGAGGAUUUGAAGAAAAGAGAAAAGAAGGAAAAGAAGAAAUCAAAGGAAAAGAAGAAGUCAAGCAAACAUGAGAAGAAACGGGAAUCGAGGAAAAAACAUCAAGCGUCAUCAGAUGAUGAUUCCGAUGAGGAUAGAGAACAUCGAACCAAGAAACCAAAAUCCGAUGACGCAUCCCGUAAGAAGGAUAAAAAAGAAGACAAGAAAUCUGGAAAGCCUGAUGAUAGCAGAAAGAAAUUUGAUGAUGAAUAUAUCAAGGAACACGAAAGGCGAAAUGACAGUCGUUCAAAGCGGAAACAAGAGGACCAUCGUGAUGAGAGCAGAGAUGACAGUCGCAUGAGGCAAGGCAUGAGACAAGACGACAAACACAAGCGUAGCAAGAAGAACUUUGAAAUUAUUACCGAUGACAAAGAAAAGAAGACAAGGAAGUACUCUAGGAGUCCUAGUGAGAUACGGAGUGAUCUAAAACAACGGACAGAAUCUAAAGACAGAAAGAAAGUACAGGAAGACGACAGAUCGCGGGAAAGAGAACACGACAGGAGAAAAAAAGCAAGGGAGGACUCUGACACAGAAAGAGACCGGGAUAAAAAGCGACCCAAGAGGCGAGGAAGGCCGGACAGCUCUUCGGACGACGACAGCAGCUCGGACGAUGAGGACAAAGCCAAGAAAAGCAAAUCUAAAGACAAACGGCCGGAAAGGGAGCCGAGGAUGAAGGAGAUCAGGAGGAGUCGGACUCCGCCGCCGCUUGACACACGGCGGGAAGCGCCUCGACGUCCUUCCCCCAGGCGCUCGCCGCCCAGGAGGUCGCCUGCCCGACGCCCAUCGCCACGUCGCCCGUCUCCGAAGAGGCCGUCGAGGCGGUCACCCGUCCACCGUUCGUUGUCUAGGAGGAGGUCGCCCGCCCGCAGGUCACCGAGAAGAUCCUCUCCACGCCGGUCACCGCGUCGCUCCCCGCCCAGACGAUCGCCCCGUCGGGACCGUGAACGCUCUCCCCGUCGCUCGCGCUCACGGAACAGGCAGUUCAGGAGGCAGUCGCGAAGCCGCAGCCGUAGCGGGAGUCGCUCUAGGGACAGGAGGGCCCCCACGGGUGCUGUCCGCGCCCGCGGCAGGAGCUCUUCGCGCAGCCUGAGCUACUCCCCUGUCAGGAAGUUCCCCGAGCGCUACCGAGACAUCCUUGAAUCCAAGGACAAGAAGGGCCAGCAGGUGAACCCCAAGGUGGUGCCUCGCGUCAACUUGCGGGACUCGGACUCUGGCAGCGACUCUGACUCGGGCCGCUCGGACGUCGGCAUCGGGGCGAGGGUGCAAAACGACAAGGAUCUCCAGGCGCUCAGUAUCCUCAAGUCAGGUCUUGCCGCCAAGGCCAAGGAGGCCAUGGAGAGAAAGAUGCCUAAACCUGCUGGGGCACCUCAGCCGUCCAGGCCUGAUUCCCCCGGCAAGAAGGAGAGGGUGGAGAGAAUACUGGCGGCUGUGGGAGGCGCUGGACCCAGUGGCGUACCUGUCUCGGAAAUCUCUCUUCCCGAGAAGCCUCAGCCCAUGUUCCCCGAGAAGCCGGUGGCACCACCACCUGUGAGAGUAAAGGUAGAGAAACCAGAAACUCCAGCUAAACCCGCCUACGUCGCCCAGACCACCCAGGAGGAGGAGAAGCCGUCUCUAACCGUUCAGUUGCCCAAGACGAAGCCCUUCCAACUCAAGGACACCAAGAAGUUGACUCUGUUCGGUCCAACCAAGAGCCUUUCGUCCAAGAGCCCAGAGACGGUAGCCCGGGCCCCGGCGGUGGCGGCAGCGCCUGCGUCGUCGGUGUCUCCCAAAGGGGCUAAGGGGCCCAAGGCGUCGCUAUCUCCCAAAGGGGCGAGGGGGUCCAAGGCGGCUGCUAACGCCAGCGCCCCUGGCCUCGGCGCCCCUACGGCGCCUCCAGCGCUGCCCACCACCAACGGAGCACCUCCAGGGGGACCAAGAAUGGCGGCUAACCGCUCCAAGCGGUCCUCGUCGAGUAGCAGUGAGCGCAAGUCUAGGAGCAGCUCCGAGUCCUCCUCAGCAUCGUCAGGAAAGUCACGUAGCCGAAGCGGUUCUUCGUCUUCCAGUAGCAAAUCACGCUCACGAUCGCGCAGUGCGUCCCGUUCGUCAAAGUCUCGAUCUCCCUCUGCUAAGUCAACCUCGAGGUCUGCUAGUAGGAGAUCUCGGACGGGCAGCAGAUCCCACUCGAGAAGCCAUUCAAGAUCCCAUAGUAGGCACUCUUCAAGCAGCAGGAGCCGCAGUCGCAGCAGGAGCGGGAGUAGUCACAGUAGUCGUCCCAGUGCAAGAAGAAACGGUGCUGCUGCAAGAACUUCUCGUUCACCAUCCAUCCCUAGACGUCAUGGUUCACCAAGUUUCUUAGAUCGACGACGUAUUACAAGUGCUCGCAAACGCCCAAUACCAUAUCAACGAUCAAGUCCUCUAGGAAGUGACAAUGGUUCAGAUGAUGAUAGUGAUAGCAGUGGUUCAAGGUGGUCAGGAGGAAGUCGAAAUGGAAGCCAGCGCUAGAGUGUAAUUUUGGAGUAUGAUAUGUUUUUCUUCAAAUGCUCAUGGUCAGCUGACAGCUGAAUAAUUGUACCUCAAAGAGAUAUAUCAUCUUAAAUUUAUCAGGUAGGAAAUAUAAGUACAAAUCAGAGUCUUCAUAUCUUUUGUUUGGCUGGCAAUGAAUCCAGCAUCAUGACUUAACAACUGUGAAACAGUCUUUCGCUAGAAUAGUUAAAAUCCAUGGACAGUAGUUUUCUUCCAAGUUUUACAUUUCUUCAUACGUAUUGUCUUCUGUAAGAAAAAUGCAGUUAAUAAUAUUGUAUCCUAGCAAGAUGCUGAGGUUUGGUAGCCAUGUGACAGAAGUGUCGUCAAAAUCCCAUGUUGAGUAUUUCUGAAUUAAUAUUUGUUUCCAAUGAAAACAGUUUCAACUGAGGAAGUCAACUAUGUCUGACAUAAAAUACCUUUUCAGCAAUAUUGAAAGCAGUCAUUUUAGUCUUGAGUGCAUUGAAAUAGAAGAAAUUUCCUUAUUGAUUUGUACAUUGUAUAAUGAUGAGGGUCCAAACCAACGAUACUCCUGAGUUAAGAAAAUUUAUUAGGGGUUGUGUGUACUAUCAGCGAGAGUAGAAUUGAGUCCCCCUUACGUUGAUAUUCUAAGCAGAAAGGGUUCCUUUUUUUCUGCGGUGAUAGUACCAACAAAUAUUUCGUAUUUUGAUCCUGACUGGUAAUGUUUGAAUAAGACGUGUAAAUAAGAGACUGUCAGGAUUUUUGAAGUCGUCUUCAGUAAUGUAAAAGAACUCAUUAUGAUGUAAGCCUUUAAUAGCAUACAAUAUACGUGUUCAGUAUAUAGAUAGUUACCAAAUUUCUUUUUUGUUGUUACAAGAUUUUUGUCCAUUGUAUAAUGACAAACUUCUGUUUUUAGACUAUGCCAAUUGCAGCUUAAGAAUUUUAUUUGGCUAUAUUUAUGCUGUUCAGAAGAGAUGAGGAUGAGAUUUAGGCUGUGUUGUUUGAAUAUGUAAAACUUAAUUGUGUCAGUUUUAACAGUGAGCUCAAAUGGAAUCUUCGUCUUGUGAGUUUGACCACUUUAAGAUGUGACAUUAGGUUCAAUUCCCGUAAUUAUAAGGGUUGUUUGUUUCAUUUUUAUCUUGUAAAAGAGCACAUUGUAGCUUACCAGGCAGCUUCAGAUCGUGUUACAUUUAUCUAGUCAUAUAAGUCAAAUAACUUCAAAGUUUUGUUUCACUUUGUUUGAAAGUAAAAUUUUGCUGUGUGCAUUUAUCUAGUCACUUCAUAGAAUAAUUAUUUACUGAUGUAUUACUGUUUUGUUAUUGUGUUCUAGUCUUUAAAUGUGAUACUUUGCCUUUUAUCAAUUUCUUAGAACUAAGUAUUUAUUUUGAUUUUAAUUUUGUCACAAAAUUAAUUCUUACACAAACUGAUUUGGUGACAAUACAAGUAGAAAAUGUAGCUGAUUUGUGAUUGAAAAAGUUAAUAGUCAAGGCAAAUUUAGUUUGAGUUUUAUUGACCCUGAAAUUUUAUGUGCAAAGGAACACCAAUAAAAGCACACAUACAUA